GCGCGCAUCAGUGCCAGCGCGUCGGCACAUAACCUCAUUCUGCAAACUGACUGUUAUUUAGAAGGUCUUCUCUUCUGUUCUACCGUUCGUUUGAAUAAGUGUAAAACAGAAGAAGUGUGAUUCAUCGCCCAAGUAUCACAAUGGCUGCGCUUUCAGGAGGAGAGAUGUGCAUCAAAUACCUUAUGUUUGCCUUCAAUCUAGUGUUCUGGCUUGCAGGUACUGCUGUCUUUGCUAUAGGCCUGUGGCUCCGAUUAGACCCAAAGACCAAAGGCCUGUUUGAAGGAUCAGACUCACCGUAUGUGUUCUAUACAGGUGUUUACAUCCUGAUAGGAGCUGGAGCACUGAUGAUGAUAGUGGGUUUUCUUGGAUGUUGUGGGGCCAUUCAGGAGUCCCCCUGUAUGCUGGGACUGUUUUUCUUCUUCCUAAUAAUCAUUUUUGCCAUUGAAGUGGCAGCUGGUAUCUGGGGAUUUUCCAACCAGAGCAAGGUGGUGAAUGAUAUCACAACAUUUUACCUGCAAACCCACAAUAACUACAAGGCAACAGGAGAUGAGCGCCUCAAAGAGACACUGCGAGUGAUUCAAACUGGGCUGAACUGUUGUGGACCAACUGGUACUGCAAUUGAUGCUGCCAAAGACACCUGUCCUCGGGGAGAGGUGCUUGAGUUGCUCAUUACCAAGAGCUGUCCUGAUGCCAUUGAUGAGGUGUUUGACUCCAAGCUACACAUCAUUGGAGGAGUGGGCAUCACCAUUGGCAUUGUUAUGGUGUUUGGGAUGAUCUUUAGCAUGCUCCUGUGCUGCGCCAUCAGGAAGUCUCGAGAGGUGGUGUGACACCCACCGACACACCUUCAAGUCCUUGUUAAUGUUGCAUGAUGUCAUUCCUUGAGUCACAUGACUCUCCACUGCCAAUAGGAACACUUCUUGGUCAAAGGGGAAAGCGUAAGCUAGGAUGGGUGCAGAAAUUUCUGACGAGUGCAUUACAUAUUAAUUAUAGCUGUACUGCUGACACUUAAGCCCACCUUCCUGUACUAUAUAGAUGCAAUGUGGUUAUUUGGCCCAACUAUAAAAUGGGUGUCAUCAGUGCUUCAGUGACUAUGAUGUACAAUGAUGUGUAAUUUUGUGGUCAUUUGAUUGAAAUUAGUGUUUGUGAACUGCUAAAUAUCGGAACAAAAGAUAAUGUAAUUUGUACUGGUCACAUUCUGCACCAUGGCAAGAAAAAGUAACAGAAUAGGGCCAUAAAAAAAACCCUCUCACUUCAGCACAAAUACAGCAGUAGCCAAUGAAACUCAACAACUCUUCUUAAGACACAGAAGUCAAGCUAUGGUGACUAGUAGCCUAUCGAAUGCUGAGCUGUAAACUGUGUUAUUUCCAGCUUGGUAUUAGAGUAGCAUAGCAAGUUUCUACAUUGUGACAUUUGAUUUGUUCCUUUAAUUUCAUUCUCCUAAUUGCCCUUUACAAAAUUGCCUUUAAUUUUGCCACUUUUUUAUGUAUUUUUUUAUAUGUAAAAAAAUGUAUGCACUUCUCUGGUUCCUUGCUACAUUGGUUUGAUGUGUUUUAUAAUAUCAUUAUUGUUUUAGAGAGACUGGAAUUAUUUAUACCAUAUGCACUAUGUUUUACAGAGAAAAAAAAUAAAAUAAAGAGAGACAAAUAA